AUGAUGAUGACAUUAAAAGAAAAUCUAGCUAAUUCAAUGUCUCAACCUAUUGAUUAUAAUAUGAAUGGAAAUAAUCAUUUACAUUCAACAACAAUAGGUUAUGAUUAUCAUCAAUCUCAUAAUUCUUGGGAAAAGCCGAUACAUCCAACAUUUGAUUAUCAACAAACUCCGUAUUCAUUUCGAACAAUGUCUUCCACCGGUGGUAUACCAUCUAUAGAAACAACGAAUAAAUUAAAUAAUUCAUAUCCAUCUUUUGAUUUAACAUCAAGUCUUAAUAAUUCAACACAAAAUUUUUAUAGACGUCAUACUGAAUCAACUUUACCAAUGUCGAAUUCAAUUUUUUCAACGAAUCAUUCAUCAUCACAUCCGUUUAAUAAUUAUUCACAUGCAACAACAACACAUUAUCAUCCAUCAGAACUUUUUUUUGGUUGGAAUAAUGGACCAUCAUUAAUGCGUACACAUAGUAGUGCUUCAUAUCAAGAUUAUUCACCAUCAACUCCAUAUCCAUGUUAUAAUCCAAUCGAUUUAUCUACUUCUCAAUCAGCAAUAAAUAAUAAAUUAACGGAUAGUCUAUCAUCAAAUCGAACACAAACAGAAUCAAUAAAUACACUUCGGACAACAAAUUAUUCAUCAUUUUAUAAUACAAUUCCACCAAUAAAUAUCCCUUUAAUAUCAACACAAUCUUCAACAAUAUCAUCGAAUUCUAUAUCACAUCAAAAAUAUUCUAAUCCGUCCACGAAAAAACGUCCACGUUUAACGGCUCAACUUCGUAAUGAAAUUCUUAAACUUAAAGCUAAUCAACCAACAGUAUUUGUUUGGGAAAUUCAGCAAAUUUUAUUACAAAAUGGUAUUUGUACUGCUCAAACAUUACCAAGUGCUAAAGUUAUUCAACGAGUACUUAAUGAAUCGAAAAAAUCUGUACGUAUUAUAAAAGAAGAACCAAAAUCAAAUGUUAAUUUAGUCAUGGAAACAAUAUUUAAUAAUACUGAAAAUAAAAAAACUUCACCAAUAACAAUAUGUUUAUCACCAUCAUCAACAUUAUCUGAUGGUGAAUCAGCAUCAGAAUGUUCAAUAUGUCUUGAAACAUAUCGUAGUGGUCAAGAAGUUAGUAUAUUAUCAUGUUCACAUGAAUAUCAUUCAUCAUGUAUUAAAGAAUGGAUGAUGAAAAAUCGUUCAUGUCCAAUGUGUAGAAAAGAUAUACAUAAUCAACCUCAAUUUGUUACUUUACUUAUAUGA